AUGCCGCGUCAACCUACAGACCUUCCUUCAGCAAACCUAUCCGAUCUACCUCCGUUUCCUCCCACUGCCGGGAGAGACGGCCCCAUUCCUACACGACCUACGGCCUCGAAACCAAGCAGAUUCAGUCAGCUCUUUUCUACCUCUCCUAGGCCCCCAAAGACUGCCUCGACCGAGCAACCUAUAUCACAGUCCUUACCUAUGAUCUCUGUAUCCGGUGCUACCGCGGACGGUAACACCAUGGAUUCCGCUCCUAAGACGAUCUUUCAGCCCCCUUCCACCGAGGAUGCUCGCCGUAUAGCCAGGCAGCAUGCCCAAUUCGGUCCUCUCGGCCACCCUUCUCAUAGAUAUGUCUCCAAGCAUUAUGGAGGCCAAUUCCCUGAACCAGUCAUGGACGAACCUCCAUACUACUACCUCCUCACAACUUACAUCAGUUACCUAAUCUUAAUAGCAUUUGGACAUGUGCGUGAUUUCUUCGGAAAGCGGUUCCAGAGCGAGAAUUACCGUCACCUGAAACCACAAAACGGCUAUGCGGCCCUGAAUAGCGAUUUUGACAAUUUCUAUGUGCGCCGUUUGAAGUUGAGAAUCAACGAUUGCUUUGAACGACCUGUCACUGGCGUGCCUGGAAGGUUUAUCACUCUGAUUGACCGUGUCAGUGAUGACCAGAACCGCCAUUUUCGCUUCACCGGCACCUAUACUGAUACUCUGAACAUGAGUUCGUACAACUAUCUUGGCUUUGCGCAAUCUGAAGGCCCUUGUGCGGACGCGGUCGAAGAAACCAUCAGAAAAUACGGAAUUAGUUCUGUCAGCACCAGAAGCGAAGUUGGCACCCAGGACCUUCACCUUGAAGUUGAAGAUCUCGUUGCUAAGUUCGUUGGCAAGGAGGCUACGAUGGUUUUCUCUAUGGGAUUCGGAACCAAUGCAAGCAUUUUUUCUGCACUUGUAUCAAAGGGCUGCUUGAUCAUUUCGGAUGAGUUGAACCAUGCCUCGAUCCGAUUCGGUACUAGAUUGUCUGGCGCUUCUAUCACAACCUUCAAGCACAACGACGUCAGAGCCCUCGAGAAGCGACUGCGGGAGGCAAUCUCUCAAGGUCAGCCCCGAACACACCGACCAUGGAAGAAAAUCCUUGUGGUAGUCGAGGGUCUCUACUCGAUGGAAGGCUCCUUGUGCAACCUUCCCGGGAUACUUGCCCUGAAGAAGAAAUACAAGUUCAAUCUCUUCAUCGAUGAAGCCCACUCCAUUGGUGCUAUUGGUCCCCGGGGACGCGGAAUUUGUGAUUUCUUCGGCAUUGAUACCAAGCACGUCGAUAUCCUCAUGGGAACCCUGACCAAAUCAUUCGGUGCAAAUGGAGGAUACAUAGCCGCCGACAAGGUCAUCAUCGACAAGCUUCGAGCUACUAACCCUGCUGUCUUCUAUGGUGAGGCCCCAACGCCGCCAGUCCUUGCUCAGAUCUCUUCCUCUCUGAGAAUCAUCACUGGAGAGCUUAUCCCUGGUCAAGGUGAAGAACGACUUCAGCGAUUGGCUUUCAACUCGCGUUAUCUCCGCCUGGGGUUGAAACGGCUCGGUUUCAUCGUCUACGGAAAUGAUGAUUCCCCUGUAAUUCCGCUUCUGCUCUUCAAUCCCGCCAAAAUGCCCGCGUUCUCACACGAGAUGUUAAAGCGCAAGAUCUCGGUUGUCAUUGUUGGGUAUCCUGCUACGCCACUUGUCUCUUCCCGUGCCAGAUUCUGUGUCUCCGCCGCCCACACCAAGGAUGAUCUCGACCGACUGCUCGCCGCAUGUGAUGAGAUCGGGAACAUUCUGCAGCUUAAGUUCUCCAGCGGCGUUGCUGGGGGCGCCCUUCCACCUCCUGACGGCAUGACUCCAGAAAUGGAAGCCGAAUGGUACCGUCAGCAAGCAGCCUCUUCCAAGGAACCCACUCCUCCACGGUGGAGGUACGAAGAUGUCAUCGCUAGAGGUGUCCAGGAUACCAAGCGUCCAUUACGAUAG